AUGAUCGUCACGUUUGUGACCGGAAAUAAAAAUAAACUAGCGGAAGUUCAAGCGAUAUUAGGCGAUGUAUUACCAAACUUAAGAUCAGAAGCUGUUGAUUUGCCUGAAUAUCAAGGUGAAGCAGAAGAUAUAACAAAAGAAAAAGCCAUAUUUGCAGCUCAACGUAUUAAUGGCCCUGUUCUGGUUGAAGAUACUUCUCUAUGUUUUAAUGCUUUACACGGUCUUCCAGGUCCAUAUAUUAAAUGGUUUUUAGAGAAACUAGGCCAUGACGGUUUAAAUAAAAUGCUUGCGGCUUACGAUGAUAAAACAGCAUAUGCUCAAUGUACAUUUGCAUUUUGUGCUAAACCAUCGGACAUACCGAUUAUAUUUACAGGUCGUUGUCCAGGACGUAUUGUUCCAGCACGUGGACCAAAUACAUUUGGAUGGGAUCCAGUAUUUCAACCAGACAAUGAACUAGGCCAACCGGGUGAUAAGACAUUUGCUGAAAUGGAUAAAUCGAUAAAAAAUCGAAUUAGUCAUCGAAGUCGAUCAUUGCAAUUAGUUAAAGAUUAUUUUGCACAGCAUCCAGAAUAUUUUUCAUAA